AUGCGUCGAGGCCCAGGAAUCGCAGCCCUAGACCGCACUCUCCACUCCACCGCCGCCUUCUCCACCCUGGGCGACUCGCUCACAGCCAGCCAACUCGUCGAACUUGGCUCUCAACUGGACACUUUCUCCUCGUCUCUCCGUCAAUUUUCCUCUCGACAUCGGCAUGAAAUCCGCAAAAACGCCGAGUUCCGCCAUGCUUUCCAAAAAAUGUGCUACUCUAUUGGUGUCGAUCCUCUCUCCUCCUCCGCCCGUUCCUCCUCCGGCCUUUCCGGGCUUUGGAGCGAUAUGCUAGGCUUGGGGGAUUGGCAGUACGAGCUAGGAGUGCAAAUCAUCGAUGUUUGCCUAUCCACCCGCUCUUCCAACGGUGGAGUCAUCGCUAUGGAUGAUCUAAUCACGCGUGUCACGCUGCUUCGUACUGGCGGGAAACAAAUCUCAAAAAACAACAAAGAGAAGCAGGAGGCGGAGGAGAUUACAGAAGAAGACAUCGUUCGGAGCAUUAAAAUGUUGGCCCCUCUCGGAUGUGGCUACCAAGUCUUCUCGCUCGGAGCACGAGGAGAGCAGAAAAUGGUCAGGAGUGUACCCAGAGAGCUGGAUACCGAUACGAUCCUGGUUCUCGCUCUACUCCUCUCCAAUGCAGCAAGGCAAAGCGAGGCCGAGGCGGUGCCGUUGGCCUAUCUUACCGAAGAUUCGUUGGUGGAGAAACAAACCAACAAAGCUGCAUGGAGGAGAGAUAGAGCAAGGGCGCUCUUGGAAAACAUGUGUUUGAUUGAGGGAAUGCUUUGGAUUGAUCAACAGGCUUUUCCGCCGAGGUAUUAUUCUUUGGCGACGCUCUAG